AUAUCCGCUAGAGUCCCACCAAGCAAAGCACGCAAGAGCUCUCCGAUCGGCACUUUUAGAUGUUGCUGUGAGGUUGUACAAACAAAUAAGCUUUUCUACAUUCAAUGACACGAUCUUGAUUCAUACCACCAAUGAUAGAGCGGUAACUCUACUUUAAAACAUCAAUAUAUAAAUUUGAAAUCGAUGCUGUUAUGUUUCGAUGAGAGCCGUCUGUAAUUGUGUACAUUUCUAUCGAAAAUCGUCAAGCUAGCAUCUUUGUAUAUCUGUUGUUGACAUAAAGAGAGUACAAAAUGGAAAACGCUACCGUGGAUUCAAAUGUAACUAACGGAGGAAACACGAGCAAUGUUGAGUUUUGCACUCCCUCGGAUGACUACCAGCUUUAUAACCAGAUAUCUCUUGGACCAGCGGUUUUGAUUAUACUGAUAUUAGUGCUAUUCAAGAGGCGAACCUCCCGAUGGCAAAACUGUUGUGAUGGUCGGCCUGGUAUAUUGCCACCCAUGGACAGCCUUGGGAGUGAAUACAACAGGUUUUCCUAUGCAAUUGCAUACGCAGCGAUGGCCGUGGCUGUGACUGUUCUGUUUUUUAACAAAAUAGAGGGGAAAACAGGGCAAGUCAUCCACUUAACAGGCCCUUCAUGGGUAAAAGUGUUCGAUGGACUUUUAACUGUUAUUUUGUUGGGUAUUAUUUUUCUACCAAUUUUUUUGUGCCUGUCUACAAAUGCAAGGCUUCUUGGUGCAGUAAUGGGAUUAUUCUACACUGCUAUGAGGUUUUCCUUUCUAAUGGUUGUUGCUCUUCGCUGCCCCUUGAACCAAGAAUCUGUGUUUAAAGCAUAUCCCAUCUUUGUUGACCUGCCUACUAUGAUGGCUUACUUAUUCCUCAUGGGUCGUUUUCUAAUAAUAUUUGUGAAAGAAAUCAGGAAGUCCUACAAGAACCUUAAAACUAGAUCUGAACUACUUUGUGGGACUGAACCAGAGUUCAAAGUGAAUGAGUUAUACAUUGCUCAUGUGAAGACUCUCCUUGAAGGAAAGGAAAAGUCAAAUGAUGGUAAAAGGAUCAAGUGGUACAAGAAAGGACGCAAUUUUGUAUACACUCCAAACCCUGAUUUUAAGUACUCUGUGUCAAUUUUAUCCACGGUCAUUGUUGGUGGAAUUAUCAUCUAUGAGGUGGUGAUUUUAGCAAUUGGUGAAGUAUCCGGAGUAUUUAUCAUGAUAAAGAAAAGUUACGUCAGCAACAAGGAUUAUUAUAUCUAUGUGACGGGGGAAGAAAACUACAAUUCCUAUGUUCUAAUCCUUGAUAUUAUCAUUGCCACCUUCAUCGUUUCCUCAAUCGUCGCAGCCCUUUACAUGUACUUCCAGAUGUACCGGAUGCUAUUAGCACACAGACAACAUGUUAUCAAGCUUAUGCAAGGGGACAGACGAUUCCUUCCCAGAAAAAUGCCCACGCCAGAUAAUCUAGUGGGUAUGAGUCUGCGCUUCUGUGGAUACCAGAUUGCAUACUUUCUAUGGGGCUACCUUAUCAUGUUUGCUAUCCUGGUGGCUGUGGUGUUGUUUAUAUCACUGUGCGUUGUAAUUUUACCGUCGCUGCUCGACCCCGAGAUCAUCAAUAUCAUAAUUAACAUACUAAUAGGCCUCGUGCCUACGGUCGCUUUGGCCUUGUUUGUGUGGCUUUUUCAGAAGAUACUGGCGGUCUUCGUCUUCAAGGAUCGUUCUAUAAAUAGCAAGGUCGUCAACAUUGACAACAGGCGCUGUUACCUGCUGUUAUCGUUUUUCUUUUUCUUCUUCAACAUCCUGGUGGGUCUUAUGUCGUGCGUCCUGCGCAUCCUCAAAGGCAUGCUACUAGGAAUCAUGUUCAUCGGGAGAAUCGAUCGCCCGCUCCUCAUGAAGGGGUUCACGGGAAUGGAUACUGCAUACAUGGCAUAUCUUGGCUUUCUUCAUCUCCAAGUCGCCCAUAAACACCCUGUGAUCCUCGUAUACUGCUACAUUCUCUGGAACGAGGCUCACAAGCGACGGCUCGGACGUACUGAAGAGAAGUUCUCAUACCUUAAUGGACAAGAACGACUCACAGACCCCGAAAAGGGACACGUUUCAGAGCUGCCCACGCAGCCCAAGUAUCCGCGCGUGUCUGCGUGGGCGCUCAACAAGUGGUUCGUGGCGGUCACGAUCAUCAGGAAUCCAUCGCUCAUUCUCAACCGGAAGGGCUUUCUCAAAAACGUCAUCCUUGGACUAGCACGCGCCGAGGAAAGCUCUCCAGACCAAGCUAGGGACGCAAGGAAUGGCGGGAAGAUCGUCGACGCGUGGCAAAACGCCGUCCAAAGUGCGCUUGAAAAGAAUGCCGGGAAUGAGUCUGCACUCGCUAAGCAUGACGGGAAUAAUGCGUCUGUUUCCGAACACCAAAGGACUCUUUCUGACCCAGUUAUACGUUAUGUAUGAGUGUCGUCCUUGUCUGAUCCAUUAUACGUUAUGUAUGAGUGUCGUGCUUGUCUGAUCCAUUAUACGUUAUGUAUGAGUGUCGUGCUUGUCUGAUCCAUUAUACGUUAUGUAUGAGUGUCGUGCUUGUCUGAUCCAUUAUAUGUUAUGUAUGAGUGUCGUGCUUGUCUGAUCCAUUAUAUGUUAUGUAUGAGUGUCGUGCUUGUCUGAUCCAUUAUACGUUAUGUAUGAGUGCCGUGCUUGUCUGAUCCAGUUAUACGUUAUGUACGAGUGUCGUGCUUGUCUGAUCCAUUAUAUGUUAUGUAUGAGUGUCGUGCUUGUCUGAUCCAGUUAUAUGUUAUGUAUGAGUGUCGUGCUUGUCUGAUCCAGUUAUACGUUAUGUAUGAGUGUCGUGCUUGUCUGAUCCAUUAUAUGUUAUGUAUGAGUGUCGUGCUUGUCUGAUCCAUUAUACGUUAUGUAUGAGUGUCGUGCUUGUCUGAUCCAGUUAUAUGUUAUGUAUGAGUGUCGUGCUUGUCUGAUCCAGUUAUACGUUAUGUAUGAGUGUCGUGCUUGUCUGAUCCAUUAUAUGUUAUGUAUGAGUGUCGUGCUUGUCUGAUCCAGUAUACGUGGGGAAGAGGGCAAGGCAAAGAUCGUACUUAGCAAAAACAUGUAGACAUUUUACUUGCCUACCCCAUUAUACACAACGAUGUGCUGAGCGGGGGGGAUAUCUGUAAAGGUCUUCUGUUAGUAUUGUGCGAUGGGUGCUACGCAGCUUACCUCGUGUAUUUAUCCAAAUGGUUUUACUUUCCAAUACAUACGUGCUACUUUGAAUGGUGUAAUCACAGAAUUAUUGAUUGUGCUACCUUAUUUAUUUACUACAGGCUGGUAAAGGGGGUAUGGAUCACGUUUUACGGACCGGGCAAAAUGGCUUUUCACGUUUCACGGACCAAAAAAUGGCCUUUAAAUCGUUAAAUCACGUUUCACGGAUGUCGAAAUGGACGAUUUCACGUUUCUCGUAGGAUGAAAAAUUGCCAAAUCUCGUUUCACCAAAAUACCCUUAACCACCCUGUUAUAACAGUAUUUGACUUUAUCUCUCUCGAAUAAAACGAUGAUGUAUAGUGAUUAAUAGAAUAGUGAUGGAUAAUAGUUGAAAUAAAAGGUUAUAUCAGGUGAA